GUCGCCGGAAUCGUCAGUCCGUCACACAGAGCGACAGGGUCGGGUGGGUCGAACGGUGAGCCGAGGGCGAGAGACGAAGCCCUAAGGUUACGAGAUCAGAUCUGAUGCAGUCGUGUUAACCUCGGACGUUACAACUUCCAAUCGAUCUCUUCACGAUAACUAGUCGCCGGUCGUGAAGCCGGUCGUUCAGUGCGCAUUCGCAGUACAAAAGAGACUUGUGAUAUUUUUCUAGUUUUUUAAGUUCCGCAACGGAACGCUUCGUUUUAAAUCGCGUUUAAAAGUGUACAAUAUAAGUAAAAAUUUGGAAAACAUGGAGAUCCUGCCGGUUACGAGUCAGUUUAACGUCGGAUUCAGUAGUGAAAAAGCGUGGAAUGGGCCCACAUGGAGAGAGGCGCCCGUGCCGGUGCCCACGGAGACGGCGCUGGCCCAGCGGCUGGAGCGCGAGCUGCGCGCCGCCAAGGGAGCCAGCGAGCUGGCCACGGCCGAGGUGCUGGUGCCGGCCGAGCUGCUGUGCCGCGCGGCGCGCCAGACGCUGGCGCUGGCCGAGGGCGAGCCCUGCGGCUCGCGCGGCGCCGCCGUCAUCGUGGACGUGGCCGGCCGGCGGCUCGCGGCCUUCAAGAUAGACCCCAACACGCUCACCACGCACGAGAUACACCUGCACCUGGAGCACGACGCCACCAACUGGACCAGCCUGCUGCCGCAAUUCUUAAAAAACUUAACGAGAGGCGGCACCAUCAUCAUCAGCCCCCAGUUCACGAUAGAAAAGAAAAAGUUGUUCCGGAGUCAAGCCGAGUGAGCGAGCGAGCGAGCGAGCGACGCCGCGGAGCGUGUGGGUCUAGCGCGAGAUGCGAGCGAGCCGACUGAUUGCCCUCCUCGAUAUCUACGUAUCGUUAUUUUAAAUAUCAAUAUUAUAUUAUGUAUAUUAUAUUUUUAAUAAGAGAAAAAAGCACAGCGUGAUAUGUAAUGUAUAGUAGUAGUAAGCGUCCGGCGCGCCGCGGCCGCCGGCGAAGUGCGCUUUGUCGCCAAAGCGUCGACGUUCCGCCGGCGGCGGCGGCCGGCGCGUCGGCGGCGCGGGGCGGCCGAUCUCGCGCCGUCGCCGGCCCCCACCGCCGCCGCCCCGCUGCUGUUGUUGGUGUUGUGGAUGCGUGCGUGAUGCGCGGCGGCGUUAGGUGCGCACCGUGAUCUCAGCCGCCGCCGCGCGAGUGAUAUGAUGCCCUGAUGAUGAUGAUGAUCGACUUAGUGUUACGUAUUAUUUUUUGUUGUCGAGUUCGAUUCUAUUGUGAAGUUGUGUAGAGUUGGUAUAUUACAUGUAUCGUAAUUCGUAUUUAUUAGAGGCGGCCCCGCGUGCGGGGCCAGAUAUGUGUACGUCUUUUGUAAUUGUACUGGUCCGUACAUUUGUUUGUGAUACUACUUUUGUAAUGUAUAAAAUUUAAAUGAGAAAUAUACGUUUAAUAAAGUGUGAGCGAGCCGCGAGUCGCGACGUGUCGUGUCGUGUCGUGUCGUGUCGCGCCGCGUCACGUCGCGCGGCGGCUCGCGGAUGCAAUAGAGAGGCGCGGAUGCUGCGUUUUUAAUAUACUGCAAAGAUCUCAGGUUAUAUUAUUAUAGUUAUAACAAGUAUUAAGUUAUUUAAGUUAAUAUAAAGAUUGUACUUUUUGUAAGAUUGUUUUCUAUCGCAAAGAUGCGUUUGUAUAGUCCAGUGUGAAACUGAACUUCAGUUGACGACAUAUUAUUAUAUUGAGAGAGUCCGAUGCAUUUUCUUCAUCCAGUGUAAAUUAAAUGUAUAUCAAUAGACACAGUUUUUAAACAAAAUCUAAAUGUUCGUAGGGUCCAGUGUUCUAAACGCACAAUAUCAUAGAACUAGAUUUCACUUUCAUCAAAAAAAAAUGUUUUAAAAAAAUUAUAAAAAAAAAAUACUUGUAAACUUGAAAAUGUCGACAUAUACAAAACUAACAAUAAUGAUAUAAAUGUAUCAAUUGUUUAUAAUUGAUAUUUAUUUCAUAGACAGUAAAAAGAGAAUGUAGAAAUUAUUAAAAAAUACAUAGUUUCAAAUAAUGGAAAA